CCGACAACUAGGGUCCACCCUGCAAUAGACGGAGCCUGGUACUUGUGUCCACAGUUUCCCCUCUCUCGCUCUUCCCCAUUUCCUCCAUUUUCUCUGGACAACACCGUCGCCCACCUCCAUUUAUCUGGAAACCACCGUCGCCCACCUCCAUACCAUCGGCAUCAACUUGAAGAACAACUUUCCUAAGAUCCAUUGGAUGGGAGAUGAAAAUACUAAGAUGUCUACAACAAAUGAAUCAGUUAUAAAGAAGAGGAAUAUCCAAGAACUACAUAUGGCAGAAUUAAGUGACGACAAAACUCAUAAAAAGAAGAAAUGAUUCUUGAUACAAUGAAGACUGAUCACUCAGUGAGGGAAAUGAAUGGAAAAGAUCUUCUACAAUGCAGACAAGAAAAAUUCAGCAUAAGUCAGUGGAAAUUUAUCUCAUCUAACAAAGCAAAUUCAUUAUACUUCUCAGAAGAUCAAGCAGAACUACCACCUGACCCGCUAAUUUCUACACUUGUACCUAGCCAUACCUAUGAACAAGCAGAACAUCAGAGGAACAAGGCUGUUACAACUGAUACCCAAGCUGGAUAUACUUGUUCAAUAGGAAACAAUGUUGAACAUGAUAUUCCCUCUUUCAAUGCUAUAACUGCAGGUCUACAUGAUACACUUCCGCAUCAAAUGACUGGUUGCAAUAACACAAGUCUUUCACUGCCUACUGCUCCCACCUAUAAUGUUAAUUCUACUGGCAACUAUCCAUUGUUGUCCAAUCACAAAACUCCGAUUCUAUAUAGCAAUAGCCCUCUGAGGUCCUUCAACAUCAACUCUAGAUAACCAGAAAAAAGAUUUGGAACUCCACUUGAUGAUCCAGGUUUAUAUAAACUUCCAGAAGACUACGGAGCUGGAUGCAAAAGAAAAGAAAUCACAGAAGGAAAGAAGAAAUUGUUUCAGAAAUUCUCUUCAGCAGUAGUUGUUUACUAGAACAAAAGCAUGCAAUACCAAAAAGUUAUUUUCUCAAGCCCGGUUCAGUCUGAGUUCUUCAAGACUAUGAACGCAGCUCUACCACAUUUGGACUCAAGCCAAAGGAUUUUCCAAGUCAAUGAAGUCUGGGUUGAUCAGAAGACUUUGACUAUUUCAUUGAGACCUGGCUAUUGGAUGAGUCCCCAUUCUUUAGAUUGUUACUCAAAAAUUCUUAAUACAAACCAACUAUUCCGUGGAAGGCAAGGACUCAUCCCAAACACUGAUGUGAUUACACACAUUGUGCAAAGAGAAGACACGGAAUUAUUAAUGCGGCCACUAUUGGAUCAUUCAGAUCCUAUUUGUAGAGAUAUUUUAAGUGAAGGAAGGGUUGGCUUUAGUCUGGAUAGAGCGAAUCUCGUGCACUUACCCUGCUUCAAUGAUAAGCAGUUGAUAUUAAUUUCCACAAACCUGGAAUCCGGGAGGUACUUCGAUACUAUGAAUCUUGAUGGCUCUGGACAAGAUAAAUUCACAACUAUCAUUAGCACUGUCACCUACAAUUUCAAAACACUGUUUGCCUUGACGUACCCGAACUGCACUGCAUUCAACAUAAAGGACUUCGACUACAGAUUUGUUGCAGUACCUAGAACUCAUUUCAGGUAUGAUACAGGGCUUUUCCUAUUGCAAAUUGUAAAAAACUAUCGCAGAAUGGGAGUUCCAGGGUUCUCAACUGCUGAUUUGCAAGCUCUGCACGAAAUUUUCUUGUACAAGAUAUCAACGUACCCCAAUAGUGAGGUUCAAUUACCUAUAGUGAGGAACUUCCUACAAAACCAUGGGUUUCGAUCAUUCAAAUAAACAACUAACGAGACCACAACUGAAGAUCUGCAAAAUGUCUGAAACAUUUUCCCUUCACUUUUAAAAAGGUACAACAACUACUACAAGACAAUUCCAACAAAAACUGCGACAGUCAAGAGAAUCCACACAAAUGGGUGAAGAUGUUAUAUUUGAUCCCUUGUAUGACAUUUUUUUUCCUGAUCAAUUUUGCUUGUAUGACAUGUUUAGAAAAUUCAGUACCAAAAGAGUCCCUGACAUCAAAGUCUUUUUUGCAUUUCUUAUGAAAUUUUUUCUACAAUCUUUGUUCAAUACAAUUUUUCGUUCCAAAGUAGGAACAUACAGAAAAAACAUUUUUUGAAUGGAAAACAUCAAGAAAGCUA